AUGCCUUCUGAAGCUAUUGAACAGUUAAGUUCAUGGAUUGACUCUCUCCCAAAUUGGGGAAAAGCUGCUGUUGCCGGUGGAGCAGCUUUGACUAUCUAUAUCCCGUAUCGAUUCUGGGUUGGUCAACCGAGAGCUUCUCCUUAUGUUAAAGACUUCAAAAAAGGUUCGGCCCAUUGAAAAAUUCCCCAAAAAUUCCAUUUUUUCUAGAUGUUGUAUAUUUGUUCCAAUUUCCUCGAACUUCCGUUUCUCCAAACUCGAGUCCUUAUUGUCUCAAAGUUGAGACUUGGCUCAGAAUGUCAGAUAUCACUUAUGAAAUUCCGAAGAUCAGUUGGAAUGUCAGAUCGAAAGAGGGAACUUUGCCGUUUGUCGAAUAUAAUGGUGUGGAAUAUUUUGAUUCGAACUUUAUUAUCAGGUAGGUAGAAAUUUUCGCAAAAAUUGCGAGAACCUCAUUGAUUUUUAACCCAGCGAAAAAUGUGUCCUCGGUAGUAUAGUGGUGAGUAUCCGCGUCUGUCACAUGCGAGACCCGGGUUCAAUUCCCGGCCGGGGAGAAAAUUUUUUUUUUCAAAAUCUAAUAUUUUCAGAGACUUGGACAAAACCAUUGAUCAACACGUUUCAAUCGAUGACCAUCUGACAUCGGAACAAAAAGCAACAACUCGCGCAUUCGAAGCAAUGAUCGAAAAAUCGCUAUCAAUUUCAGCUUGGGUGAAUCGUCUAGAAAAUGCGGAUAAAAUCAUGGAUACCUUGAAUCCCAAAGAAUUCGGAUUUCUUGGAGCAUUAUUCAAAAUGUUGAGCAUAAAUUCGUAUGCCUCACUUUUGAGCAGACGAAUUGCUGGAACUGAUUUAGGAUUUCAUAAAAGAGAAGAUCGCAUUCAAAUCGGAAUCGAUGAUUUGAAAGCAAUCAGUAAUUAUUUGGGAAAUAAACAUUUCUUGCAUGGUUUUAAGCCAACAAAGGUGAGAAAUAUCAAAUUAUUUUUUAGAAAAAACAAAAUUUUUUCCAGGUAGACGCUUGCCUUUUCGCCAACCUCGUCCAAAUUCUCUUCGCUCCAUAUGAAAGCGAACACAGAGAAGUCAUCCGAUCGGAAAUGAAGAAUUUAGAAGAUUAUGUUGAACGAAUCCGUUCUCGUUUCUGGCCAGAUUGGAGCGAUGCCACCAAGAAUUUUUCGACGAAUUCGAAUUGGCGAAAACGACCAACGCCAACUAAAAAUGGAAGCUCUUUGAAUGGUAAACUCGCUAAAUAA